AUGUGGCGUGACCGUAUCUCAGGCCAGGCCACCCCUCCCCCGAAUCGAAAUCCCUCUCUACCGCGACGAUCCUCCUCUCAACUCUCCCGUCCUGCUCCAGGUGGUCCCUAUAACAACCGUCCUGGUGGCGGCGCGAGAACCUCCUCAACCUCUUUACUCCUGAGUCCGAAUGAUUCGACGGCUUCCCUCCCUGGAACUACACGUGCGCCAAAUGGUUUAGGAUUGAGACAGGCCAGUGGUGGCCAGCGAACACGCCCGGCCGUCGUUCCCGAUCCAUUAGAGGUCUUGAAUGGAAUCAUCGGGAAAGAACAACCACAAAAAGACCUUCCACAAUUAUCGGACGAGCGAUACACGAGACCAGAUGAGCUGGUAGAGACGAUUAACUUUAAUGGAAUGAGCCUAGAGCAAUUCGUCAACAAAUCAGACCCGCCUCCAAUCAGAAGGAGUCCGAGUAGCGAUGUCAACGCGCAAACGAUCCAGCAGUUCGAACAGGAGCGCGAUAAAUUCGAAGAGCUGCAUACUUCAAUCACUGGCUGCGACGAUGUAUCCAGAUCGGUAGAGAUGUAUCUCAAUGAUUUCUCAAAUGAGCUGGGAGCCGUAUCAGCGGAGAUUGAAACACUGCAGACCCGCUCUACGCAAUUGAAUGCCAUGCUGGAAAACAGGCGCAAUGUGGAACGUCUCCUAGGACCCGCUGUGGAAGAAAUUAGCAUCUCUCCCAAAGCAGUGCGCACUAUCGCCGAUGGUCCCAUGGAUGAAAACUGGGUGCGCGCCCUGAAUGAGAUCGAUGCGCGAACAGCGGGUAUUGAAGCCAAGGCGUCAUCUUCUAGUGGUUUCAAAGCUAUUGAAGAUGUCAGACCGCUACUGGUCAAUCUGAAAGAUAGGGCCAUUGAGCGAAUUCGGGAUUACUUGGUAUCCCAGAUCCGGGCUAUUAGAUCACCGAACAUCAAUGUGCAAAUUAUCCAACAGCAGCGAUUGGUGAAGUUCAAGGACCUGUUUAGCUAUCUCUUCAAGUGCCACCCCAAACUUGCCGGAGAGAUUUCUCAAGCCUAUAUUAAUACAAUGCGCUGGUAUUAUACUUCCAAUUUCACUCGCUACCUUCAAGCUCUUGAUAAGGUCAAGGUAUAUCCAAGCGAUCGAAAUGAAGUUCUGGGAGGAGACUCUCAUGGAAGCCGAGGGAGCAGUAUUAUCCAGAGCGGCCGAGCUGGCCCUGCCGCACACGACCCUUUCUCACUGGGGCGCCGGAUUGAUGUUCUUCGAAAUGGAAACCAGCAGGCACUGUCAUCCUAUCUCGCUGAAGAAGAUCAUUCCUAUCAUGGCAUCGAAACACCAUUCCGAAAUUUCAAUGUCGCUUUAGUGGAUAACAUAUCCGCGGAAUAUUCAUUCCUCACUGAAUUUUUCCCACCUAUGACCUUCCAUCAGAUCUCGCGCAUGGCGACAGACAUUUUUGAGCCAUCUUUCACAAUUGGCUCCAACUUGAUCAAAAAGCUGAUCGAAAAUACAACGGACUCUCUAGGAGUACUAAUGUGCGUGCGACUGAAUCAACAUUCGGCUUUCGAGCUGCAACGCCGCAAAGUACCUGUUGCGGAUUCCUACGUUAAUGGAAUUAAUAUGCAACUGUGGCCCCGCUUCCAAGUCAUCAUGGAUCUUCAUGGAGAGUCGCUGAAGCGAGUUGGAUCAAACACAGCGCGCAGCGCGGUCUCUGCUCUUUCGAUUGCUGGCGGUGAUGAUCUGAAGAACUCUUCUGCACCACACUUCCUGACGCAGAGAUUCGGACAGUUGAUGCAUGGAAUUCUGGUCCUCAGUAGUGAUGCAGGUGAUGACGAGCCUGUAUCCAAUAGUUUGGCUCGAUUAAGAACCGAAUUCGACACUCUUCUAACGAAGCUGAGUCGCAACGGCACGGAUGCAAAGCGCAGGGAACGUUUCCUCUUCAACAAUUAUUCGUUGAUCCUGACAAUUAUUAGUGAUACCCAAGGAAAAUUAGCAGUGGAGCAGCGACAGCAUUUGGACGAGAUGUUGAAGAAUUGUAGCAAGCGUUAA